ACGUGGUGUGGCUGAGCUGGUCAGCUGACUUCGCCGGGGAGGAAGAGGAAAGAAGAUGGAAGGGAACAGAGACGAAGCAGAAAAAUGUAUAAAUAUAGCGACGAAAGCCCUCGAAGCUGGUGACAAGGAGAAGGCGCAAAAGUUUCUAAUUAAAGCAGAAAAGCUGUUCCCCACGGACAGAGCCAAAGCACUGUUGGAUGCAUUAACGAAGAAUGGGAGCUCAGCAGGUAAUGGCGCACAUCGAAGAAAACCAGCAGAAGGCUCCAGAGCCCAGGCGGAGAGAGAAAGACAAGAGUCUGGAGGUGAUUCUACCAAAGGGUUCUCGAAAGACCAGGUCGAAGGUGUUCACAAAAUAAAACGGUGUAAGGACUACUAUGAAGUGCUUGGUGUCAGUAAAGAAGCUGGUGAAGAUGAACUCAAGAAAGCCUACAGGAAACUAGCACUCAAAUUCCAUCCAGACAAAAAUCAUGCUCCUGGAGCAACAGAGGCCUUUAAGAAGAUCGGUAAUGCAUACGCAGUGCUAAGCAAUCCAGACAAAAGGCGGCAGUAUGACCUGACGGGAGGGGAGGAGCCAAGCAACCUGGGUCACUCUCACCAUGGAGGCUUUGAUUUCCAUAGGGGCUUCGAGGCAGACAUCACUCCUGAGGACCUCUUCAACAUGUUCUUCGGUGGUGGCUUCCCCUCCUCAAGUGCACAGAACGGCAGAACGAGUUACAGCCAACAUACAGAUUUUCGACAAGAGAGAACCGAAGAAAGAGCAGACGGUGGUUUCUCAAUGUUUAUCCAGCUAAUGCCCAUCGUGCUCCUGAUUUUAGUGUCAGUACUGAGCCAGUUGUUGGUAUCCCCCCCACCUUACAGUCUCUACUCUAGACCGUCAACGGGUCAGACUUUAAAACGGCAGACAGAAAACCUGCACGUCGAUUAUUACGUCACUAAAGAUUUCAAGUCGGAGUUUAGAGGCUCAGCCCUACAUCAGAUUGAGAAAAAUGUGGAGGAGGACUACGUAGCUAAUGUCAGAAAUAACUGUUGGAAGGAGCGACAGACAAAAACAGACCUGCUGUAUGCUGCUAAGGUGUACAGGGAUGACCGAAUGCGCAAGAAGGCUGAGCUCAUGACUAUGGAAAACUGCAAGGAGCUGGACAGACUAAAUAACCUAUUCAGAGGCGGAUGAGUUUAGCUCGUCUAAAUAUAAAUUAAUAGAUGUCUAUGAUUAAUGUUUUUUUUUUAUGGAAGAGUCUUUAGACUAGGAGCAAAAAAGUAAUUAAAUAAUCUAGCGCUGUUGUUGGAAAUUUGUAAAAAAAAAAUGUCCCUCUCCUCAUAUCUUCCAUCAACUUUGCUUCUUCAUCACUCCUGCCAGACCCCAGGAAUCGCCUUGUUGCAACUUAAUGAACCAGUCAACACUGUACAAAGCCUCAGACAUCGUCCUACAUUUGCUCACCUUUUUAUGCGUUUUCUUGGAUACAAGAUGGACAAGGACACUUGAUUGCGUAAAGGCAAGUGUGUCGAGUUGUGACGACCUGUGAGCCAUUCUGUGUAAGAAAAAUGAGCCAGAGGCUUUUGGCAUAAUCUGCUUGGCAUGCAGCUAAGUCAACGAUGGGAGACUUCGUGGGCUCACCUGGUGACAGUGUCCUCCAGCCUAACCAUUUUUGAAGAACAACGAAACAAAAGAAGAAAAUCAAGAACAUCGAGUGCAUCUUUUUACUUCCAACUUGACUCAGUGUGGAUGGGAAUCAGUGGAUAAUGAAGAGACAUCUGUGACUUUGCUACUCAAGGACAUUUUUAUGUUAAAGAAAUGUGAAGAUGUUUGGUACUUGACAUGGAAAGACACUGGAACUGUUAUUUUUUAAAUGGUUGUAUAUUUUCAUUUUGGAAUGUAUGAAAAUGAUGCAGUUAUUUAUGUAACUAUAGAAGAAAAGAUUUUUUUUUCUCUCCAUAAUGCUCACCUAACCAUUAAAAUAAAGUAAAUCUAUUACCAUA